AUGCGUGCCAUUGUUAGACAGGAGGAAUUGUAUGAAGCAUGCCUAUUUCAUGCUGUAGAUGUCAGUCGAAAGGAUAUAUUAAACGUCCAAAGACUGGUGAUGUUAUGUGCAAACAAUGCUUUUCCUGGUGUUUUGAAGAAGAAAUACAUUGGACAAUUCCAUUGGUGCUUCUGGGGCAAAGAUUCUACUGUAUUAGCUUACAUACUCAACUUACUGAAUAAAAGAUAUGACUAUGGAGCUGAACUACUCCUCUUAUCUAUUGAUGAAGGAAUAAGCGGGUAUAGGGAUGACUCGUUAAGGACUGUUCAACGAAAUCAGAUCCAGUAUGCCCUUCCGUUAAAAAUUCUCUCCUAUCAGGAUUUAUACGGAUGGUCAAUGGAUGAUAUUGUGAAGCAUAUCGGAAAUAAACGAAAUUGUACAUUCUGUGGAGUAUUUCGUCGUCAAGCUUUAGAUAAAGGUGCAUUACUUCUUGGUGCCAACAAAAUAUGUACAGGUCACAAUGCAGAUGACAUUGCUGAGACUGUAUUAAUGAAUAUUUUACGAGGUGACAUUGGUCGACUAAAAAGAUGUACAGCUAUAAUGACAGGUACAGACAGUGUACUUCCACGUUUUAAACCAUUCAAAUACGCCUAUGAAAAAGAGAUUGUAAUGUAUGCACAUAUGCAUAAGUUGGAUUAUUUUUCAACAGAAUGUAAAUACGCACCACAAGCUUACCGAGGUCAUGUGAGAGCGUUUAUCAAAGAUUUGGAGAGAAUAAGACCUAGGACUAUUAUAGAUAUUAUUGCGUCUGGUGAACGUAUGGCUAUUCGAAAUGAUGUGAAAAUGCCUAUAAAAAGCAAUUGUGAACAAUGUGGGUGUAUUUCUAGUCAACCUAUCUGUCAAGCUUGUCUUCUACUGGAGCAAUUGAAUUCAGGUUUACCACAAUUAACCAUAAAAGAUUCCAAACCUUAG